AAUUAGAUCGUGUGUGGAAAAUAGGAUUUCCACUGGAAAUUGCCCUCGAAUAAGGGCGAUGCCAGUGGGGUGGGCUGGGACCCAAAAGCUUGAACCAGAAAACUCCCAUCCACCUGUGGCUGUGAGAUGGGCUCAGGGUAGGGGAGCCAUGGGGCAUUGAAGGGAUGAAGGCAGCCCCUUCCUCUCCUCCUCUUCCUCCCCAUCCUCAUGCAGGGUGGCCAUGUGUGUGGGGAAAUGCAGCCGGAUCGUGGGUCCCUGUCUGCUGGCGCUGGGCAUGCUCUCUGUGGCAGCCAACAUCCUCCUGCUCUUCCCUGGUGGGACAUCAAAGUACCUGGUGGAGGGGCACAUCAGCAAGCAAGCCAGGGCCAUGCCAGGUGUCUGGGGAGGUGGCAUCACCGUGCUGCUGGCAGCGACCCAUAUCACGGCGGUGGGGUGGCGAUGUGCCGGCUGCUCCGACUGCGGCACCCGUCGCAACGCUUUCAUCUCUGCUGUGCUCUCCAAGCUGGCACUUCUGGGCGCUGCCGCCUGCUUCGUCCUCUCCGGGGUGGGUUUGACCGAUGGACCCCUCUGCUUCUACAAUGCCUCUGAGCAUGGCCGCGGGCACGGCAUCCUCUGGGAUUACCCCUUCCUGGACGCCGGCGGCAAGGAGCCUGACACCAGGGCACAGAAUUACCUGUAUGAUCGUCGCACCUGGAGCACCUGCCUGGAGCCGGAGGGCAUUGUGGCCUGGAAUGUUGUCCUCUUCUCCCUCCUGCUGCUUGUCAGCGCCACCGAGAUGGUGCUGGCCUCCCUCCAGAUCCUCAACGGCUGCCUCGGGUGCCUCUGCGGCUUUUGUGAGGGGAAGUAGGGACCUGCGACAGUGCCAGGAGGAUGGCACUUGGAGGAGGUAUCAGCCCUGGGUGUCCCUUGGCUGGUGGCAAAUGCUGUAGCAGGGAUAUGGCAGGAACUGUGACACCAGCCCAGUACAAGAGCCCCGUGCAAGAUGGACAGAGUUGCCCAGAGGGGACAGACAUCCCAGCCUGCGUGAGUUGUCGAAGCAAUGGGAGUGGGGUCAGUGUGCAAAGGGCUGCCUCCAUGCAGAGCCCUCCACCUGGGCGAUACCUCUUCCUCCUCCCUGGAGCAGAUGCCCUUGGGGCUAGCAGCCAUUUGGGGAUGGAAAUGAGCCCAGUGAGCGAUGGAGGUGAGGACCUGGCUCCCGGCAUCCCGACAUGAGCCCAAUGGCUCCCCUGGCCGUUACUCAUCAGCCUCCACCCGCCCGAGUGCAAAAUGUGACACGAUGGUAUAUGUAGAGACAAGAGCUGGAACACUAACUUAUUUUCAUUAAUCAGUCUGUAUUUAGGGCAGCUUGCAUUGGUGUUUGUCUCCGGCACCGGGCAGGAGAGGUGAAGGAGACUGGAGGAGCCGAGCCAGGCUCUGGCUGGGGCUGGGGGGCUUGGAUGGAGUCGUGCUGGGGGAAGUAGUGAUGGAAUUGAGGUGUAGCCUCCAUGAAGUUCACCCAUACGCACACAUAUACAUGCGGCAAAUGUUAGGAGCCCCGCACUCAUCCCCACCGGCCCAGGACCUCCAUCGCACCACCCACCACUGCACUCGCAGGGGGCGUCACUGGCUUCAGCGCAUCCCCCAUCCCUGCGCCCUCAUCCCCUAAUCCUUCACAGGGACCAAGUGUGGGUACAGACCUGAACCUGCCUGCGCUGGGAGGAUGUUUGCCACAAAACCGAUAAGGUUCAGAGGAAAGUAGCAAUGUCCAGGGUAGCUUAAAAAAACCCACAAUCAGCCAGAUUAAACAGUAACUGG